AUGGAAAGUGAGGGGGACCGUUGUUCUUCUGGAGAAAGCUGCAAUCCUGACGUUGUCUGCGAAAAACACUUGUUUAAAUCCGAACUGUCGGAGUCCCUUGUUCAGCUGGCGUGUAGUCACCAUCACUGUGCUUUCCCUUUGCAUCAGAAUGAGUUGUGCAUCUGGAAUACAGCGACUGCUCAGCCAUUACAUUUGUCAGGACAUCUUUACUCAAUUUCUGCGGUGUCAUUUGGAAGUAAAAUCAAUCCACUUCUUGUCUGCUCUGCUUCUCGUGAACGUGUGAUUGUGUGGAAUAUUGAUGAAGGCACACAGAAGGUGCAAGACGGGUUAACACCUCAAGGAAUUGUUAUAGGAACUCUUUUGGGAACAGUGCUUCAUGUAAGAUUUAGUCCAGAUGAUCAACAAGUGGCGGUAUGUGCUGGAAGUCGGAUCUACAUGUUAAGUGCAAAGAAUGAAGAUAUACUAGCUGAAUUGGAUGGCCACCUGGCUCCAGUGACUGCUGCUGAGUUUUGCACAUGGGAGAAAAAUAUGCUUAUAUCAGUGUCAGAAGACAGAACCUUUAAGGUGUGGGACUAUUCUACCGGCCAGUUAAUAUAUCAGUCAGGAGUAUUAACGGCAUUUCCUUUGCUAAGUCUGCUAAUUGAUGAAGAAAAUAAACAGAUUAUCACUGGAUGUGCUGAGGGACAGCUUUGGAUCUUCAGUUUAAUCAGUGAUCAUAAUUACCGUUGCGUAGCACAUAUCAACUUAAAGAAAGAGCAAGAGAAAUUCUGUAAAAAAGUGUGGAAAUCUGGAAAAGAAAUAGGUGAAGGGCAAAAUACUUCCAAGUUUUGCAAAACAAACAACAUGAGACCAGAAGGAUCAGUGGAAACAUCAUUGCCUAUCCUCUUAAUUGAACACUGUGACUUUUUAGUAUGUUUCCAUAAUCAAGAAAACAUAUAUCCUGCCCUGAAUACUAGCUAUUUUUGGAUAGGAAGCUCUACUGGCCUGUUCAUAAUUAAUUUGGCAAACUUUGAAUUAGAAGCUUUUUUAUCUUACAAAGAUUACAGUAACCUCAGCAUUCGGUUUGCCAGAUCGUGUGCAUUAACAAGGAAGGCAGUUAAUGGAAAGGUUUUAUGCUUGAUCACCUCAAUGUUUGAAGGUAUGAUUGCUCUGUUGGAAGUUAAUGUUGCUGCAUUGGUGAGAACACAGCAGAGUGAUUUUCUCCUAUGUGGAAACGAGAACAGUCUAUUGGUUAUUGCCAGGUGUUCUUUAUUGACAAAUUCUCCAUUGUGUAAAGGUUUAAAGAAAACCAUGAAAGAACCUUCUAAUAAAACACUUGGAGUGAAAAGCACAGUGAAAGAUCAGCCACUGGUUUUCCAUUAUAAAAUUAAGUCAUCAGGUUAUACAGCAGCACCACGAAUGACCAUGUUUUCUCCAAAUAAUAACCUGAAGAAAAAUGAGGUAUCAAAGUGGAAGACCAGUUGUAAACGUAAAAAUAAAGAAUAUCCAUUGGAAAGUUAUCCUCCAAUCAAAUACGAGAAAGAGAUAUCUGUUACUUGUAAACCAACCCCAAUUUUUUGUGUUCAGUAUUCUGGCGAUGGAGAGAUGCUGGCUUGCGGCCUGGCUGACAAAACUGUACUGAUAUUCAAUUCCAAUCUCACUGAUACAUAUAACGUUUUUACAGGUCAUGAUGGUGCAGUUAACUCUGUUGGCUGGAGUCAUGACAAGAAGUGGUUAGUUUCUGCAUCAGAAGACAGAACUUUAAGGGUCUGGUCAGUCUGCAAUAAUGAACCUGCCCUAAUUCUGGGCAAAGAAAAGUUCCAUAAGACUGUACGCUUUGCACAGUUUUAUUUUAUAGAUGCAUUUAUAUUGCUGUGUUGUGGAGCUGAAUUUCAUCUAUUAAGUUUCCAUCUAGACACAACCAAGGAUGACCUCAAACGAUACAAACAGAGAAGUGUUUGCAAAUUGGUACAGAAAUUUCCCAUGGCUUCAACAAUGGAGAUUACCAGCCUUUCAGCAGUAAAUGAUUUCUACUCUUAUAUUGUACUUACAGCUGGCAGCAACCGAGCAUUGGAAGUUUUUGACCUCAAUGCAGGCUGUAGCACAGCGGUGAUACCAGAAGUUCAUACUAGAUCAGUCCAUCAGAUCUGCCAAAAUAAGGGGUCAUCCUUCAGCACUCAGCAACCUGAAGCUUACAAUCUUUUCAUGACCACAGCUGCAGGUGAUGGCAUCAAACUGUGGGAUUUAAGAACGCUGAGGUGUGAACGUCGUUUUGAAGGGCACAGUAGCCGCUCCUAUCCAUGUGGAAUUUCAGUAUCUCCUUGUGGACGGUUUAUAGCCACUGGAUCAGAUGACAAAUGUGCUUACAUAUAUGAAAUGCGUUCAAGCACUUUUUCACAUAAACUGGGAGGAUGCACAGAAUCUGUCAUCAAUGUGGCUUUUAGUCCCUCCUCUCCACAGCUUACCACAGCCACCUUGGAUGGCAAACUCCAAUUGUUUCUACCCUGAUAUUUGCCAGCCUGUGGAGUUUUGGCCCUGGCGCUCUGAGAAUAACGACUUGCUGAGAGAAAGGAGACUGGUAACUGGCUGUAGGCAAGCAGCAAAAUAUUCCCUUUUAAACUGCAGUUUUCUUCUGAUUUUGUUUUCUGCGAGUUUCUCAAGCUGUUCUCAAAGAUUUUCUCUUGUACAAUGUUACCUUUAUUGUAAAAAAUAAGGGCAAAAGAUCAAGAAAAGAAAGAGACUACUCAUUCUGGCUUCAUUCUAGCAAAUCACCACAGAAGUGGCUUUCAGAGGACUUCUUGGGUGCUUAUAGUCAGGUGUAUUCUGUAGUGCUUUGCUAGACUGGGGCCGCUUUCCUCUAGAUUGAAAAAGCAGUUAAAAUAACAACUGUUCCAUUUUUAAAGCUAGAUCUGCCCUGUGACCAAAUGUUAAAUUAAUCUGAAAGAGAGAAGAAUUGUAUGUCUUUCUGAAAUGCCACGAGAGUCCUUCUGUUAUACUCCUUUGGGGUUACUGGAAUCAGCAUGGAUGUUGUCUGAAGGCAGAAUUUUACUGGUUUACCCUUUAUACUACAUUCUGUAAAUUUCUUAAGGAAUAUGUGAGAAAGAUCUUCUCUUUAAAAUAUCACCUUGUUGCUACACUUCGA